AUGGAUGAGUCAACAGAGGUUCAAACAGACGGCAACUCUCUGCUAAAGGCUGUCUAUUUGAGUCGACUGCGUCUGACUCGGCUAUUGCUGCAGGGCGGGGCUUACAUAAAUGAAAGCAAUGAGCAUGGUGAAACACCGCUCAUGGUGGCCUGUAAGACGCGGCAUACAGAUUCACAGAGUGUACCCAAACACAAAAUGGUUCGGUAUCUUCUGGAAAAUGGAGCCGAUCCAAACAUCCAAGACAAGGUGGGGAAAACAGCUCUGAUGCAUGCUUGCCUUGAACAAAUUGGGGUUGAAAUCCUGUCUCUCCUGCUGGCCAGUGGAGCUGAUCCAACUCUGGAGGAUCAUGCAGGCUUGUCCGCAUUAGUUUAUGCAGUCAAUUCAGGCAACAGGGACAUCCUCAGUGUCCUCCUGGAUGCCUGUAAAGCAAAGGGUAAGGAGGUCAUCAUCAUCACAACCAACAAACUGCCUUCUGGCCACCAAAUGACAAAGCAAUACCUCAAUGUUCCUCCACCUCCUGACCUUGAGGAACGUCUGCAUUGCACCUCAGUAUCUUGCUGCAUGUCAUCACAUCAGAUCCAGUUACAAACUCCUCCACAGGGCCACUCAGCAACUGCUUCUCCCCAACCUGGUAGUCCCCUUCUUGGCCUCAGAGAUCCACAGUGUCUGAGCUCAGGACCUACAGUAGUCACAUCUCGACCUGGUUCUCCAAUCCAACAUCCUAAUCCUUUACGUGCUCCUGAUGUAGAUAAGCGACUUAAUUUCCAUAGGCUACAUUCACAACAGUGGCCCAAAAGCCCUUCCCUGCUGCUCCAGCAAAGUCAGGCCUCUUCUCUGACAGAGGACCUAGUGGAAAUUACUCCUGAGCAGGAACUAUCCUUCCGAGUCAGUGGCCUUGCCUUCCAAGGAAGACCUCCAACUGUUUCACGCCACCACAGUAUCGAUGCCAAAGACACAACAGGGCUCCUGAAAGCACUAGAGAACAUGUCAAGGAAUGAGAACAGAGGAGGAGGUGGAAAAAGACGCUUUGGGAGAAAAAUGUCAUAUGACAGUGCUGCAAGUUCAUUGCAUUCUGCUUCACACCCAAACUUGCAUCAAGACAGUCUCACCUUUCCCCUUGAAUCCAGUCCGGUGGAUGAAAAUUCCACAGACUGUCUUAGACAGUUGAAUGUUUCUAGUCUGCAGAAUGUGGUGCGUCGGCGUAACAUUGGUAUUAACCACUACAGUUCUGACUCUCAGUUGCCGCAGUUUGGCAGCCGAGACAAAACCUUCAAGAAUGGUAGUGGAGCUGGAUCAGGACCAGAAAGGCACAAACUAGUCAACAGCAAAUCCUCCACGCUGUCAGGAUCCAGGGAUUCCUUGGAGAGCUCCAUCCAGAGACGAGGUGCUGCUGGUCUGGAGCGAAGAGAAUCAGGGACCCUUCUUCUGGAUCACAUUGCCCACACUCGCCCUGGAUAUCUUCCCCCUCUGAAUCCCCAUGCUCCUAUUCCAGAUAUUGGGGUUAGCUCUGGCGCCUCCUACCCUUUAAGUGGAAGUAGCAAGACACUGAAUGGUGUUCUUGCAGGGCCAAAGGCUAUUCUACCCUGCGCACCCAUUUUCCCACGGGAUCUAAAGGCAAAGAACAUGCUAUGGAGACGUCACUCAAUGCAGAGUGAGCAGAUAAAACAACUUGUCAGCUUUGAUGAAACUUUAGGUCAGUAG